AACCCUCACGAGCGCCUUCAUUCAUGUCAAGGAGCGCAGUUUAAAGGCGCGUGCUGACUGUGCGUUCGCUCAGUCUGACGGCCAGUCAUCCAUCACCGUCAAACCGUUCACAGAGCACCUGCCCGUCCAACUAUGUCGAACUCUGGAGGUCGGAGGCUGAAGCAGUGGCUGAUGGAGCAGAUCCAGAGUGCGCAGUACUCCGGGCUCCAGUGGGAGGAUGAGACCCGCACCACCUUCCGAAUCCCGUGGAAACACGCCGGCAAGCAGGAUUACAAUCAAGAAGUGGACGCUUCCAUAUUCAAGGCUUGGGCUGUUUUUAAAGGCAAGUUUAAAGAGGGUGACAAAGCUGAACCUGCAACAUGGAAGACCAGACUCCGCUGCGCCCUCAACAAAAGUCCUGACUUCGAGGAGGUGACUGAGAGGUCACAGCUGGACAUCUCUGAGCCCUACAAAGUGUAUCGCAUUGUCCCCGAGGACGAGCAGAAGCACGGCAAAACCCCAGUGAUGGCCAUGUCAGCGGCCACCAGCUCUGGUGAGGAUAUGGACUGCAGCCCCUCAGAGAUAGAAGACUUCAUGAAAGAGGAGGAAGGCUGCAGCAGCCAAGCCAGUCCAGAAUACUGGACUCAGAGCAAUGCUUUCCCACUGCAGCCGGAGCCUUUGCCAUCAGGGGGUCUCAGUUCAGUUUGGUCCCAGAUGAUGAUCAGUUUCUACUACGGAGGAAAGCUGAUCCACAGCACGCUGGUAUCCCACCCUGAAGGCUGCAGGAUCUCCCCGCAGCAGCACCUGGCUCGCAGUGCCAUCUACAGCUCAGACAGCAUGCAGAGCGUUCAUUUCCCCCCGGCUGAGCUCAUCGAGUACGACCGCCAGCGCUACGUCACCCGCAAGCUUCUGGGUCACCUGGAGAGAGGCGUAUUGGUGCGUGCAAACCAAGACGGCAUCUUCAUCAAGAGGCUCUGCCAGAGCCGCGUCUUCUGGAGCGGGCUGGUUGACAUGGGCUCACAUUACCACCCGAUGCCCGGGAAACUCGAGAGGGAUGCUGUGGUCAAGAUUUUUGACACUGGAAAGUUUCUUCAAGCUCUGCAGCUGUAUCAGGAUGGGCUCAUCUCAGCCCCUGAUCCAACUGUGACCCUGUGCUUCGGAGAGGAGCUGACUGAUCCCAGCACUGCCAAGAGCAAACUGAUCAUUGUGCAGAUCAAUGUGAUGAACUGUCAGCACCUGCUGGACUCAGUGAACAUGCGUCGCUCCCAGCCUUACUGCAACAACCCCGGCCUGGACAUGGCCGACGACGCGGCCACUGACCAGAUGGCCCGCAUCUACCAGGACUUGUGCAGCUACAGCGGCCCGCAGAGACCGGCCUGCUACAGGGAGAACAUGCCCAUCACCGCCUGAACCGUGACCUCUGACCUCUGGCCGCAGCUUUCUCAGUGUGUACGAAAACCGAUCUGGACUUUACUUAAGAUCCUGGGAGACAAAGAGGAGGUGAAUCAAUGAGCGAAGAGAUAAAGACGAGCACAUCUCUUUUCUGGCUGUAAGGUUAUUAACUGAAGAGAGAAGUGAGUUCUCAAAGCUGAUUUUUACUUAGCACGUCUUCUUUUCUUUUUUCUUCAUUUUUUUAGCAACUGAUUGAAUAAAUAGGCCAAAAUUGAUACUUUUUGUAACAUUAAGUAAUUCAGGUAUGAACUGAUAACAUUUGCAUUAUGUUGAAGAUGCAACAGGUUAAUUAAAUACAGAUAGGUUUUACUAUCAGAUUGUUGUAUCACAAGACUCUUAUUUUGUCUUUUUUUUUGUGAAUUGCAUUUUAAAAUAAACUUUUUACCAAAUGAAACCCGGGUUUACCUUUUACCUUUAUAUAAUUAUGUUAUGGUUUGGUUCAGUUUAUUUGUUUGUGUUAUUUCUUUUUUUUUUUUUAAUACCAGAACCAAACAGUGAUGAUGAGCCGAGGCCAGACUUCUGGACACUGGCGAUGUUGUCAUCAGUGAAAAAAAAAACUACAUGAAAUUCAUGGAAAUUUAAAUGACUUACCUUUAACUGUAAGAGUCAACAGCACUGUACUUAUCUGUUUUUAUUUCUGCCAUUCAUUUACAUUACUAAAUUUAAUGCAAUGUUACAAACUGUAAGCUGAAAAAUUAUUGUGGCUGAAUACUGGAAUCACUUUUUUGACAAUGAAAAUGAAGCUAAAACCAUGUUCAUGAUGCUUUCCACUCUCUUUUUUCAGUGUCGACAUAACUGGAAUUUACAUCUCUUUUCUUAAAGUCGUUCUGUUUUGUAUUCGAUACCCCUGUACCUACAAACCACAUGUCAGCACUGGGCUGGAAUUAAAAAAGCAACUCAAGUACAGCAUAUUUUAAUCAGCUUGUACUUGAAUUCAUUAGUCAGAUUUUCAUAUUUGUCAUGAAAAGUUAUGACUGCUCCAAAA